AUGUCCCAGUCCCGUAAGGCGGACGAAGACGACAUGGCCAUUUCUUAUGUACCGCGGCCGACGGGUCAUUCGCAACAACUUCCGUCAUUUAGAGAGCUGCUUCCACCACACCUCCACGAUGAGAUCGACUCCUCCACAUAUUAUAACUCAAGACCUCCGUCCCAAGACCGUCCGUCCUCCGGUCACGACGUGGCCGAUCCGCGUUCAAUGCCCGGCUUUUCCCCCACCUCCAAGACACCGUACAGAGACCACCGAGAGUAUACAACGAGAGCCAGCGAACCCCGGCGAGCCCUGAGUGACCACGUCAUACGAACGGACGCGUCUGCGCCGGGCCCCAGUCCCAUUUUACCACCCAUUCGUGAUUUACAAUCCAUGCCCGAAUACCAAGGAUACGCGGACAGCCGGAUGGCUCCCCGAUCAGACCCCUACGCCCACGACUACAGGAGCGCGCCGCCCGCGAUUCCAGGACCUGUGACCGAUCGCCGCCCUGAGGCCUAUGGGCACCCGAUCAUGCAUGCCCAGGCGCCUUACGGGCAUCCGGGCAUGCCUUACGGAGAUGCGGAGCACGCCCCGCCACAGAUGAUGGGCCACCCGCAAGCCAACUUUGGAAUCAUGGGUGACCCGAACGACCCCAAGGGGAAACGGCGGCGCGGGAAUCUGCCAAAGCCGGUGACGGAUAUCCUGCGCUCCUGGUUCCACGAGCAUCUCGAUCACCCGUACCCCAGCGAGGAGGACAAGCAGAUGUUUAUGACCCGCACGGGGCUGUCCAUCAGUCAGAUUAGCAAUUGGUUUAUUAAUGCGCGGCGGCGACAGCUGCCUGCGUUGCGAAACCAGAUGCGGAGCGGUGGGGGAGACGACUCGAGGCAUUCUCCGUUCAGUGAUGUUGACCAGGGGUCUGAUUUAGCGUCGCCUCACCAUUAA